GAUAUCGUCUGGGACAGUAUGGUCUUCCACAAGAAGACAGAUACACUUAUGAAGUUCCCUCGGAAAGGCACCACCGAGUCUGGCUCAGACAACAUGUACGGGUGCUUGAAAAAGCCGCAAUUUCUUCAGUCUCCAGCCGCUUUCGCCUCCGAGCAGUCCGCUCGGACAACAGAGCAGUUGAAUGGAAGCAGGAUCGUGGUGUGGCUGUCGGAGUUAGGGGGCUCGCUCCACCACUUCGAUACUUUCGUCACCGAGAGCGUCAGCCGCGAGAUCUUGCAUCCGAGAGUUCUGGAGAAGUGGACGGACCUUCGCAAUCGAUAUGACCUGCUAACAGCAGGCAGGCUGCUGAACGACCAAGAUUUCCCCAACGAACCGAGGGCGGAGGGUGACAUGAUCAAAGCAGUGAAGAACAUAAUGCAAUGCUCCAACGCAAUCCGGGCAGACUGGGCGUAUUGGGCUGAGAUCCUCGCCAGGGGCUCUUGCCUGUACGUGGAUGGUGCUUGGAUGGCUACACUUGCAACACUCACUGAGCCAGGGCAUGUUCCGAAACACAUGCAGGGCAUGGACCUGCAGGCAAAGAGUGAAGCAAAAGAUAUGCUGCAGAAUCCCGAGUCCAUGGCGAAGCUGAAGACAUGGAUUGUGGCAGAAACGCUCGCUGGGCACAGUAUUCGUGCAACAAAGCGAGUCGCGACUGCUCCGUCCGCUUCUGCUUCCGCGCCAGUUGCCGCACUCGUGUUUUCCGACUCUGACCCGGAGGCUCCAGGCGACGAUGCCAUUGAUGCUCUGAAGAAAGAGUGGAAUACGAUUCAGUAUUUCAAGCCUCAGAAGCGGAAAUGGGGUGGGGACCAGGAGUCUAAGCUCAGGUCAUUCAAGAAGCUCUGCACGGAGUUCCAGAGAACUAUACCGCUGCAGGUGAAGCGGGUGGUGAAGGAGGUGAAGGCGAAGAUCAGGGAGCUCUGA